UGAGCUUUGAAACCCAAUGCAGAACGACGGCAACGCGGAGGACAUCACGACGGCAAUAAUCUCCUCUUUACGGUUUUUCCUCACCCCAUUCUUUCUGGAUAACAGUCAGUCCCGGGAGCUCUAGUUGGGAAAAAACCCUUUUGUGACCGUGUUUCGGUGCUAAAAGUGAACUUUGGCGUUUCCGCGAGUUUCGAAGUGGUCCGUGCCGUCGUUGGCCGCUUGGUUUUGGUGCUGGGAAUCAACGCCUGGGGCUUGAUUUGUGCGGAUUUUCCUGGACUAGGGUUUUGGUGUUACUGCAUUGGGGGACAAAUUCUGCUGGGAAAAAGAAGAACAAGCAACUACGCGGAGAGUUUGUUCUGUUGCUGUGUGGAAAAAGAAUCAAAAAUAGGAUAAAAAUAUCUCGAAAGUGUUCGUCUAUAAGGUUGUAAAACUACUAGUGAAAAAUGGGAGCUCUAACCGUGUUUAAAAUAGUGAAAUGUCGCCUAAAAUCGACCCAUGGCGACAGCGUUCAGAGGGGAUAAUUCAUUUUUUCGCCAUCCAAGUCACCUCUGGAAGAAAAAAAAUUGGUAGUGAGAACCGUGAGCAAGAGGAAGAGUAGGCCUGGUUGCUAGUGGAGAUUUUCCUCUUCCAUCAUCAAGGAUUACGUGAUUUCGCUUGGAUGUUGUAAAAAUAGUUCUGAAUUGUGUCGGGUUUGGGAAAGCUGAAAAACGAUAAAAAUAAACAGUGGAAAACAUCGGUUUUGGAAGGCUCGGAAUAUUUGUUUGUUGUGUAAAUUAAUAAUGAUAAGGCCAAGGGGAAAACGAAUCCAAAAGUAUGCAAAAGACUGUGAGUCGAAAAAGCUAGUUGGAAAGUGAAAUCGAAACAAAAAAACCAAAGCAGCUGAAUGAGUGCCCAUCGGAUGGCGCUUCGUGUGAGUGCCCGAGUGGUUAAGCGAGUGCCAGAGAACUAGAACCGUUCUCCUUCGGUGCCGUUUCGUGAAAAGCUCAACCAAACCAUCUCCGGAUAUCAUCUCUCCGAAAACUCACUGCAACCGCGUGCUAGUGAGAACAAGAUGGCGUCGGCGCCGAAAGCAAUUGACGACGAGGAAACUUCCUCCACCCACUACUGCCCGACGUUUCUGACGACGGUCUCCAUCGGAAGUGAAGGCUGCAUUCGCAAUGGCCGUAAUAACAAUUGCCAUAAUCGUAACAAACUCGAUAAAAUUCAACAAAAUCCUGACAGCUACGACGGCCAGCUUGGUGACAUCAGCAGUGUUGCCAGCCCACCGCAUCCCGACCUACAAUCGCAAAACGUUCUUAUGAGUGAUCAGCUGCCAAGGCAGAUGCAACAAUCAUUCCACAACCACCAUAUCCAGAGGCCGCGGCGGUUUUUCCUGCUGGCGGCACUGAUAUUGGUCACCUCCGGCUUCGUCGUGCCCAGCUGUAGUGGGUUCGUUCUGGAUGGUUCCCAGAAUAGUUUCGCACAGUUCCGCAAGUGGUACACCGGCCUUAAUGGAACGCUGGAGUUGGAGUUCAAAACGGAGCAACCCAACGGGCUGGUACUGUACACGGACGACGGCGGAACGUACGACUUCUUCGAGCUAAAGCUCGUAGAAGGUGCGCUCCGGUUGCGGUACAAUCUUGGUGGAGGUGCCCAGAUCAUCACCGUGGGCCGGGACCUGCACGACGGCCACUGGCACAAGGUGCAGGUCCUCCGCAACGAUGAGCACACGACCCUCACCGUCGAUGGGGUGUCCCAGAGUCGAACGUCCCGAGGGAAGGAGUUCCUAUUCGGCAAGUUUGCCACCAACUCGGACGUCUUCGUCGGAGGGAUGCCAAAUUGGUACAAUUCCAAGCUGGCCCUUCUCGCACUGCCGAGUGUCAUAUUCGAGCCCCGAUUCCGUGGAUCGGUGCGGAAUCUGGUCUAUUCCGAUCAGCCGGGGGUGUCCCCCCGGAGACAGGAGAUGCGACAACCGCGGGACAUCAAGUGCGGUGAUUCUCCAUGCGACUUGACAGCCAUCCCAAGGGAAAAAGUUACGAGAGACACGCACAAGCUCAAUCACAGUUACUACAACAAAAGCGAUCGCCAAUCGCAGCAACCGAUAGCACAGCAAAGUCGACACGCGCUUAGUCGACCGAAGCAAUCAUCCUCAGCACUGCCUGUUUCUGCAGCACCACAAUCGCCACCGCAAAUAGUAAAACUGCCAACACUGCCACUGCCACCGUCACGGGCGUCCUCCACAUCCACUGACGGCGAUUACACCGAAAACGCACAAUUCGCCCAAACCGGAAUGUAUCCGCCCAACUACGACCUGGUGCACAACUGUAUCCGCGGGCUGCCAUCGGACAAGGGACUACGAAGUAACGUCACCGAUGCCUGCGAGCGACACGAUCCCUGCCAACAUGGCGGCAUCUGCAUAUCGACCGACUCCGGACCAAUCUGCGAGUGUCGCAAUCUCGAGUACGAAGGACCAUACUGUGAGCGGGAUAAGGCCCCAUCGGAGGCCACCUUUCGGGGCACGGAGUUUCUCUCGUACGAUCUCGGCCAAACGGGGGGCGAACCGAUCGUCAGCGCACAGGACGCCAUCACGCUCUACUUCCGGACCCGGCAGCCCAACGGAUUGCUCUUCUACACGGGCCACGGGACCGAUUACCUGAACCUGGCCCUCCGGGAUGGCGGAGUGUCGCUUACGAUGGGAUUGUCCAACGGCAAACAGGAGAUGCACAUCAAGCCGGCCCGGGUUCGCUUCGACGACCACCAGUGGCACAAAGUUACGGUGCAUCGGCGGAUACAGGAGAUUUCAUCGAUAACCAGCUUCUGUCGGCUGGUGGCCGUGGUGGACGACGUCUACACCGACCAUUCGCACAUCGCCGGAAAAUUCACCAUGCUGUCGUCGUCCCGGGUCUACGUGGGUGGUGCGGUGAAUCCGCGAGCCUUGCUGGGCGCCCGGGUGCACAACAACUUCGUCGGCUGCCUGCGGAAGGUGGAAUUUUCGGCCGACACUCUACGGUUGAAUCUGAUCGAUUUGGCCCGGACCGGUUCGAAGCUGAUACAGGUUGCCGGACGGGUCGACUAUCAGUGCCCCAGUGGCGAUCCCCAGGAUCCGGUUACCUUCACGACCCGGGAAUCGUACUUGCUCCUUCCGCCGUGGGACGUCUCGAAGCAGGGCAUGCUGUCCUUCAAGUUCCGCACAAAUGAACCGAACGGAUUAAUUAUCCUAAAUACCGUGACGCGCCAGCCGAGGCCGGACUUUUUCGCGGUGGAGCUUCUGAAUGGACACAUCUACAUUCACAUGGAUUUGGGCUCGGGAGCGGUCAAGGUUCGGGCAUCUAGACGCCGAGUAGACGACGGAGUUUGGCACGAACUAUCGCUGAGGCGGAAUGGACGUGACGGCAAGGUCGGAGUCGAUGGUCAGUGGAACGAUUUUCGAACGCCGGGCGAUUCGACCCAGCUGGAACUUGACAGCCCGAUGUAUUUUGGUGGAAUAGGGCCACCCUAUGCGGAGGUGGUGAUUCCGCCGGCCAUCUGGACUGCUACGCUGAGGCAGGGAUUCGUCGGAUGUCUACGCGAUUUGGUUCUGUCGGGAAAACCGAUAGACAUUGCGGCCUACGCCAGACAGCAGGAUUCGGGGGCCAUUAAGCCGUCUUGUCACGUUGUGGCCAACCAAUGUGGUGGAUCGGUGUCGCCUUGCCAAAACGGAGGACAGUGUACCGAAGGCUGGAACAGGCCGUUGUGUGAUUGUUCGGCCACUCUGUUCACGGGACCAACUUGUGGAAGGGAAUCCGCUACGUUGGCCUUCAACGGGUCGCAACAUAUGGCAAUCUGGAUCGGUGGCAGCCAAGGAACACGAACCCAGACGGAGGAGCUCGUUAUCCGAUUCAAAACUUCUCGCCCUGCCGGUCUGCUUCUGCUAACCAGUGCCGAAUCUAGCUCGUCGGAUCGUCUCGAAAUCGGACUGGUAGCUGGCCGGGUUCGGGCAAACGUAAGACUGGGUGAACGCGAAAAGAACCUGCUGGCCGGCCAGGGUGUCCUCAAUGACAAUAACUGGCACACGGUGAGAUUUUCCCGGCGAGCGUCCAAUCUUCGACUGCAAGUUGACGGGGCAGCUCCCGUCAGGGGUAUGUUAUCGGAAGCAAUCCUGGGCCGACACAGCACCCUGGAGGUGAAGUCUCUGCAUCUGGGUGGGUUGUUUCAUGCGGAGGAGGAAAUCCAGAUGACGGCGGCGAUGCCCAACUUCGUCGGUCAGCUGCAGGGAUUCGUGUACAAUGGUCACCGUUACGUCGAUUUGGUAAAAACGCUUGGACCGGAACUAUCAGCUCUGCCGACAACAUCCUUCAAGUUGACGGCCCGGUUCGUGAAUUCCCCACCCGGAUCUCCCUAUCAACCGGCAACUUACCGCUCAAAGCACUCGUACGUAGGUCUUCCGAUGCUGAAGGCCUACUCGUCCGUUUUCAUUGACUUCCGAUUUAAAACGCUCGAACCGAACGGGUUGCUGUUCUACAACGGAGGCAAACGAAACGACUUCCUGGCCGUGGAGCUGGUCAAUGGACACAUCCACUAUGUGUUCGAUUUGGGUGAUGGACCGAUUACCAUCCGUGACAAGGCAAGGAUUCACAUGAACGACAACCGCUGGCAUUCGGUUAGCAUUCGACGGCCGGGACCCAAGACACACACUUUGGCGGUGGAUGAAUCGAUCGAGAUCUACACGGCAAGCGGCAACAAUAUGCACCUGGAGUUGGAAGGAAUUCUGUAUGUGGGAGGUGUAUUCAAGGAUAUGUAUACAAGACUACCGUCGAGCAUCGCAUCGAGGAUCGGCUUCGAAGGUUGCAUGGCAUCGGUAGAUUUGGCGGAUACUUCACCCAGUUUGACAGAGGACGCUGUGGUGCCAUCUUCGCUGGUGGUGUCCGGCUGUGAGGGACCGACCAAGUGUAGCCAGAAUGCCUGUGCCAAUCGGGGGGUUUGUGUGCAGCAAUGGAACGCCUACGCCUGUGAAUGUGACAUGACCUCGUUUACUGGACCAACUUGUUAUGACGAAUCUAUUUCUUACGAGUUUGGAAACAACAAAGGGUUGAUUCAGUACAGCUUUCCACCCGGUCGGCAACCGGACACUGAGGAAGAUAACAUUGCUCUUGGAUUCGUGACUACCAAAACAGAUGCUGUGCUUCUACGAAUUGAAAGCUCCACGACACAGGAUUACAUUGAAAUGGAAAUUGUCGAAGGAAAUGUGUUCAUGGUCUAUAACGUUGGUUCGAACGAUCUUCCGUUGGGCGAAAUUGGUGUCAAGGUUAAUGACAAUAAUUAUCACGUUGUACGAUUUACUCGGUCCGGGGCUAAUGCGUCACUCCAGAUUGAUGACUACAACGUCCAAACACUAUUUCCCUCGGGCCAUCAAUCAACCGUGUUCACCUCGAUGGCUAACAUUCAGGUUGGCGGUAAGAUCUCGCGCAAUGGCCGAUCGCGUAUCGAGCGCCCCUUCGGUGGGGUCAUUGCCGGACUGUCCGUCAAUCGACUCCGGGUGCUGGACCUGGCGGCUGAACGUGACCCGCACAUUAACGUGCGGGGUGAUGUGCAAUUGGUAACUGGCGUUUUAGAUAGAAAUGACCAAAGAAUGCAGCAGAAUUCUUCGGAUGCUUUCAAGACACCGGCAAGCGGCUAUCCGGGUGUGAUGGACGAUCUGAUCUUCAGCGGAGCAGGAUCUGGCUGCCGGGGAGACGACGAGGAUGAGUGCACACCGCCCUUCGAGAACGGGAGCGGCGAUGAUCUCAUUACGCCGGUCUACGUGCCACCGACAAAGCAAACGACUCCACAGGGUGGCAAAGGUGGCCGCAAGAAGGACGACGGAAAGCUGUGCGACGAUGAGGACUGCAUACAUGGGUCAGGUUCGGGUGAAGUAACGGAGGUGUUUACCACGUCGACGGCCAAGAGCUCAGAAACGAGUCCCGAGAUGACGUACACCACGAUCGACUUCGAUAGGAAAACGGACGGAACGACUACGCUGACGACACAGGGUCGAUCGGAUACGUAUCAACCGAGCGAAACAACUCGGGAGAUAGAUACGACCAGCAGUGGAACGACGGCAUAUGGAAGCAGUAGUAGCUACGGUAGCAGUAGCAGUAGUGGAGGAAGUAGUUCAACCAGCUAUGGAACAACUGUUUCGAUGGGUACCACUACGGGCAGUACGAGUGGAACGACUGGUGGAACUAGCAGUAGGACGACCUUCACUACAGGGUCGACGGCUGGCUCUAGCACCUAUGGUUCGACUACACAGCAACAAACACCUUCAGAAACGACGGUUAGCUACCGCGAUCGAGAUAGGGAUCAUAUUCGAGAAACGACGUAUCCUCAAACACCAUCGACAACCGAAGACGAUGAGGUUAUCGAUGUUAGACGACCUGAACCGGAUGACGAUGAUGUUGAAACCGAUGAGAAGCCGAGUGGUGGUAGAAGACCACCGCCAGUGAAGGUCAUGGAGCCUCCAAAUCCAGAACCAGAACCUCCAUUUAAUCAUCCGCCGGCAUAUUCACCGACAAGGGUACCCAAACAUAAGAGUGGACGAAUCAAUUCGGAAGCAGAGGAACGAACGGCAAUGAUCAUCGGAAUCGUAGCAGGUGCAUUGAUAGCAGUGAUUCUAGUCAUUUUACUUGUGUUGUGGAUCAAGUCCAACGGGGAUCGAUCGUACAAAACGGAACACGACAAGAGUGGACUCUACGGACAGGGACCCAGUGCAGCUCUGUUGGGAGGAGCACACGCCAAUGCACACAACUCCCAUUACAACACACACCAACAGCAACCGCAUCACCAGCAACCUCCACACUACAAUGGCAACGGAAAUGGUGGAGGUGCCAUGGCAGGAAAUGGUCAUCACAAUGGCGGAAGUACGCUACCGUUGAAUGGAUCUUUGCGACACUAUCACAACGGAGGCAACGGAAUGGGAGGAAACAAUGGAGGAGGAGGUGGUGGUGGCGGAGGUAUGGGAGGAGGUGGAGGGGGAAAUAUGGGCAUGGGCGGCGGUGGAAACAUGGGAUACAGUGGAAGCGAUAGGGGCAGCAUGCAAUCCAGUGGAAUGGGUCAAUCACAGAAAUCCAAGAAUCGAAACUCCAAAGACAUAAAAGAAUGGUACGUCUAAAUGAGCUAAAACGCGAAGGGCACACUACUAAAAAAAACACUACCACUCUCAGAAACUCAAAGCAAAGUAAGAUAAACACAAAACAAAUACACACGAGCGCAUCAGAUAAGAGAAA